AUGGCUUCGACACCAGCGCCGGGAACCGGCGAACCGCCUGCCGAAGGCGCUGAUGAUGCCGCCGCCGAAGAGGCCGCAAAGAAAACCGAACUCUAUGGAGGUGUCAUGCCACCAGAGGUCGAAGAAUCACCAAUUGCGCCAUGCAUUCAGAAGCUCAAAAGUGCAAUGACGGUCGAAUUGAUAAUCUUCAUCAUUGGCGUCGCUCUCGCAUUCAUUUCGUUCGGAAUCCUAUUCCUCUUCCACAUUUUGUCGUCGAAUGGCACCAUUCUGUUUGUCAAAUUGCCGCCGACACCACGAAAAGUGCCGAUGAAAGUUGUCGAGGAAGUCACUCAGGCGGCAUUGAAGGCAGUUAGCCAUAAAUAA